CUCCUCCCGGUAUCUUUACUGCACAUUAAUAUAUUGGGCGUCAUAAUGUAAUGCCCACAAAUGCCUCUACUAUCGUGGCGCAACCCCCAAGUUUGCCCCAAGUUUCUAAGGCAACUCUUUGACAACCAGUCUUCACUGCUCAUGGAGCCCCUGAAGUUAUCACGCCUUCUCUAUUGGGCCAAAGUGUGGUUUUCUCAUCGCGGUUUAAGUUCCAGCAUCUCACACGCUCAGAGGGCCAACGCCAGGAAAGAGGAGUUCAGAUCCAGAGUGGCUGCGGGGCCGCACCUUAAAGACUUUGUCAACCCCGUCCCAGCCAGUUCUGCUCCUUCAUCUAUGGAAGAGGAUGAUGAUGAUGUUCCUCAUUAUAUCACAGAGAGUCCCUCAACGAUAUACAACAAAGUUUACUUUGAGACCUAUGGAUGUCAGAUGAAUGUGAAUGAUACAGAAAUUGCCUGGUCUAUAUUACAGAAGAGUGGAUAUGUCAGAGUUAAUUCCGCUACAGAGGCAGAUGUCAUACUUUUGGUCACUUGUUCUAUCAGAGAGAAGGCAGAACAGACUAUUUGGAACCGUCUAAAACAACUUGGUUUCAUGAAAAGGAAGCGGUGCAAUUCCCAAGGUCCCAUGAGGAUUGGUAUAUUGGGUUGUAUGGCCGAGAGGUUGAAAGAGGAGAUCCUACAGAGGGAGAAGCUGGUGGAUAUAUUGGCUGGGCCGGAUGCAUAUCGGGAUUUACCAAGACUCCUGUCUGUAGCAGGGACUGGUCAGCAAGCAGCUAACGUGCUUCUGUCUCUAGAUGAGACCUAUGCUGAUGUCAUGCCAGUUCAGACCUCUUCCAACAGCGUUUCGUCCUUUGUAUCCAUCAUGCGUGGUUGUAAUAACAUGUGCACAUACUGCAUUGUUCCGUUCACGCGUGGGAGAGAGAGAAGUCGUCCCGUCCACUCCAUUUUAGAGGAAGUCCGAAUGCUCUCCAGCCAGGGGGUAAAGGAGGUGACUUUACUUGGUCAGAAUGUCAAUAGUUACCUUGACACUACUUCAGUUCAGAUUCCUACUACCGAGACCUCACAUCUUAGUCGUGGCUUCAGCACCAUCUACAAAUCAAGACCAGUAGGAUUCCGGUUUGUGGACCUCCUGGAUCAGGUUUCUAGAAUAGACCCAGAAAUGAGAAUACGCUUUACAUCUCCACAUCCUAAAGAUUUCCCUGAUGAGGUCCUUCAUCUAAUAAGAGAGCGUCAUAACAUCUGCAAACAAAUCCACAUUCCAGCUCAAAGUGGAAGCAACAGAGUCCUGGAAGCCAUGCGUCGGGGUUACACAAGAGAAGCCUAUUUGGAUCUUGUACAAAAUAUCCAAGCGCACAUCCCAGGUGUCAGUCUCAGCAGUGACUUUAUAACUGGCUUCUGCCAAGAAACAGAGGACGACCACCAGCAAACACUGUCACUUUUACGGGACGUUUCCUACAAUGCAGCUUUCCUGUUUGCCUACAGCAUGAGAAAGAAAACAAGAGCCUUCCACCGGUUAAAUGACGAUGUCCCACCCGAAGUGAAGAAAAGGAGGCUGGAGGAACUGAUUGAAGUCUUCAGAGAAGAGGCAGAAAAAGUCAGUCAAAGAGCAGUGGGAAGUACCCAGCUUGUCCUGGUGGAAGGAGUAAGUAAGCGUUCAGCCUCAGACUUGUGUGGAAGGAAUGAUGGAAACACUAAAGUGAUUUUCCCUGAUCUUCCCAUGGCAAGCAAUUCAUUAUCGGAGAGCGAAGUCCGAGCCAGACCAGGGGACUAUGUGUUAGUGAAGAUUCUUUCAUCUAGCUCCCAAAGCUUAAGAGGAAGACUACUUGGUCUAACCAGCCUUCAGUCAUCACAGGCCUACUCCUGACCUUAGGGCUGGGACUCCAAAUGAAUAUUUAUUGGUUUUCUAUAUUCAGUAGUAUUGUUGUCCAGCACACAUUAAACACCUCAUACUAUA